UCAAUGUAGCUAGGGGUCUAAUCCACUUGUAAAAUAAAGAAUGGGAUCGUAUUUUGGUCCAUUUUUAUUAUAUUCUCUUUUAAUUUUAUUCCAACUCACACCUAUAUCUUCAGAUUCACUCAUGAGCGAAGAAGAUGGGGAUUACAGUACCGAACAAAGUGAAGAAGAAUGGCAUAUGGAUUUUAUGCCGACGGGCUAUCUGCCAGACAGUGUCUAUAGAGAGUUAGCCUGGUAUGGGAUCCUACAAAUCCAACCUCUACAUCACAGUUCCAAGUACAAAAUGGCGGCACAGUUGAUCUGGCAACACACUCUUGGCCGCCCACACGUUAUCAUGGAGAAUCCUCCACAGUCUACUCAAUCACCAGGGAAGGUAGGCCGCCAAAUUCUAGCUGAGGAAGCGGCGAAGUGGUCCAGGGAGCAGCGUGCAGCGCAGGAAGUCCUCAUGGAAAAUAUUAAAAGCGGUGGCAACGGCCUCACUGUUAGAACCGUCAUUAGUGCUACAAACAAGACUAUUUACAUUAUUCAAAACGGGAAUUAUUUCCAUUGUCCUCCUGGUUCAGAACCCGAUCUAGAUGCAUAUCGGGUACAAGCUAAUAUGCACGAACGAAAAUGUACUUACGGAAAGUCUUCCAUACAAAUUCCUAUUGACCCUUGCAUUGAAGCUGAAAUAGCGCCGAUUGAAUAUUCCUUCCACGAAGGGUGGAUGUUCUGUCUAGGAAACGGAGACAGAGAAAACAAUUACUUCCAGAAUGGAACUCUCGACUGUGGGAAUAAAACAAAGGUGUCAGUCGAUGAAUUUCUAGACCUCUGCGCAAUAGAUAACAACGUUGUUAUUACGUUCGACUACUUUGGUGACGAACCUAGAAAAGAUAUGAUGCAUAACGCAACUCUUUGCACGACGUGGGAUCCUUGUCGCUUAUCUUAUCUUUACCGUCUUGAGCCACCACCAAUAGAAAUGACUCCAUCUUUCCCUACGACAACCCAAAAUCCAUGCGAAACCACUUUGUGUCCAGAAUGUAUGGAAGGUGCUACCGAAGACAUGGGUGUGCCUAUUGACAUAUUCUCUGACGAUGAAGAUGUGAUGAAGAAGAAGUAAUUGGCUUUGAGAAUGUGUUUUUUUUUGUUGAUUAACACAUUUGAUUGAUGAUU